AUGGAACAUAUACGGCAGUUCGAUUGGUGUUAUUCAGAGCCUGAUUAUUACUUUGUGAAAGAGGAAGACUUAGACAAUUGUGUGACUGAGAAAAUCCUUAGAAACCAGUUUCACAAUCCUCUGGCUAUGGCUUCAAGUGAUUCGGAGGAUGAAAAGCCUACUUUUGAUUGGGAUAAAAUAUUUUCACGGAAUGAAACUGGUAACAAGCAACAUCGUAUCUUCGUGCCGGGAUUUCGUGGAUUACCCCCAUUCCCAAAAUUGUCUGCGCUUACACAUCAGCAACAUUACCAAUGUCUUAAGGUUCUUUGUGCUCAAAACCCUCACAUUUUGGUCCAAGAAUUUGUACCCAGGCCUACCAAGCAAGAUUAUAGAGUAUUUGAAGAAGUCCAAACAGUUUAUGCUAGAGAACAGAAAGAAUUUAUUGAAUGGGCAAAAUCCCUUUGGACAUCUGAACACUGCAUAAGAGCUCUUCGACCCAAACCACCAGUGGAAACUGCAUAUGAAGCUGAGUUUGAAAUAAGGGCCAAAGGACUGGAGUCCUACCCGAAAAUUUAUCAGAUGGCUGCUCAAAUACCAUUGGAAACCAAUAAUGAGAAAUUUAAUAUGGUCUUUGAGAAGGAGUUGAUAAGUGUGGAUAUAUCGAUGCUACCUCAAAUAAAAAAUCCUGAACCGAUAAGGAGUCGGUUAUCCAUAAUAUCACCGCUUACAGUACCGGAGCCUUGCACAAAGCAUCCUUGCCGAUUCGUGUUGCCAAACGAGACUGCAACUACAAUUCUGCCUCUAACGGAAGUCCACAGAGAGCUGGCACAGUAUGCAUUGGAGAAUGGAGCCCAUUUCGUAGCCAGCGAGAAGUCACUAAAGUGCCUCAUUGAAGUCGACAGGCAUUGGACUAUCUGUUUGUCUGUUUGUGAAGCAUUUACACCAGAUGGUGAAAAACGCAAAAUACUCGUGCUGGGAAACGAAUUCUCCAUAAUGAGGGAGUGUGCACAAAUUAGAACCUACCGGGCAUUCAGACACUUAUUGCAAUACGCCUUUGUACCUGACUUGGAAAAGUCGAAAUUAUUUUAUAAAAACAAUAAGAGACUGGAAAAGAAAAACGAUUUAAGUAUUGGAGUGAAUGAGAAGGAAGACCGUGAGGAGUCAAGUGAUGAUGAGGACACUCUGUUCAUUGUGGCCGGAAAUAAGCUUAAUUUUUUAACAUCUUUAAAAGCCUUUAUUUUUCUUUAUGCUGCCUUGCAAGCAGAAUCAAUAAGAUGCAAAAAGGACACACAAGCAAAUGGUAACUCAGAUGCAGAUUCGAUGGAAACUGAUGAAGUGAAAAGCCUAGAUGAAGAAGUUUCGAAACAGACAAAGGUCGAUGCAGUCUCUAGUCCUGUUAAAGGUGUAAACGGGAAUAAAAACAAGGCUAAGGAUAAAAAUGACUUCUACAAAUGUACAUGCGAAGACACGAUGUUCGAGAGGCCACCGCCACGGUCUUUCAGGAAGUGGCGCGUGAGGAAUAUAACAAGUCAAGAAAACUACGAUGUUAUUGUGCAUUGCGCGCAUAAAGUGAAGGGUGAGGUCGGCGAGGUGAUAUUAGAGCCGAUACCCGAGUACCAGCUGGACUUGGGCGCCAGUCAGCUCUCUAAGGAGAAGAUCAGAAGCUUGGCGCUCUCACUUUAUUUGAGGAAGAACGCGUCACUUAUGAAUGUUCGUAUAGAAGGCUCAUCGGGUGAUGUGGUGCGAUGUGAUACUGUCAGUUUGGACGAGUUGGUGAAAUCAGACGGCGACAUGCUGCCAGCCAUAAGCAGAGUGGUUGGGACCACGCUGGAUCAGUUGCAGGGAUUGCUGCCCGGACAUUACUUACUGCAGCAUGAGCCAAGCCACGGCACGAACGCGUUACUAUAUUCCCCCCGGCUUUCUGCUGGUGAAGAGCGCCUCACUUUGGACUUUGGCUGCAAACAGUUGGCCGAAGCUGACGAAGCUAAGAGCUUAAAGAGACCUCCCAUUUUGGCACCUAUUUUGCUGCCCGCUCACAAAUUUCGUAAGAUUCUGCCUUGUGCCUUCACGCCGAACGAGACGCAAGUGGCCAAAGAAACAAGAAAACCACCCAGUAGACAGAAAGCCCCACCACAGGCCCUAACGUGGCCAAAGAAGAGGGGAAGGAAACCUAAAAGAAAGAAUUAA